AUGAUGAUGCACUUUCCGGACCCUUCAAAACUCAAAACCAAGCAGAUUGUGUUUGAAGGCAUAUUCCGUGCUCGUGAUUCUGGCACACUGGAGCAACUCAAAGAGUUGAGCUCCAAGCGUAGAGUAAUUGAGGAGUCUAUUAACAAGGGCAGCUUCAUUACAGAUGUCAUUGCUAGGGAAAUGUCUGGCGGGUUAACUUCGCAGUGUGAACAGGUAAUAUUUCAUUAGCCGACAUCUUGCAAUGACUCCAUGAAAGAUGAAAGUCCUCUAUGUUGCUUCUUGUCAGCCUUUUUCUAUUUGGGCCAUUGCUUGAUUCCAAUAAACUACACGUGAAAGUCUUUUUAUCAUCAUUUAUGCUAAAUCUACCAGAUAAACUUGUGUAAUUAAAUGGUCUUGACUUCCAGAUCUCAUUAUUUCACUGCUUACUGCGUCCAAAUCUGAUCAGUAAGUGACAACAUAUGAUAUGUUGUUCUCAUUCUAUUUAUUUCCUUAAAAAUUUCUAAGGACGUCCAAAGGUUGGAACAAU